UUUUUUUCUUCUUUUCUUAUCUGAAGUGCUGCUCGCCAGCUUCUUAACUCAAGAGAACAAAUCUGCUAAGAUGCCCAAACACUUUUUUAUGGAAAAGCCUGACAUCAAUGAAGUACAUCUAAACGUUCUUCUGCUGGGAAGACCUCAAAGUGGGAAAAGUGCAACAGGAAACAUUCUUCUAGGAAGCUAUGAAUUUGAGAGCAGACUUUCCCUUGGCUCAGUGACACAGUCUUGUGAACUUUGUCAGAGACGAUUUUCAAGUUUUGUUCGUCGCGAUGGAAGAGAAGCAACGCUCUGUGUUAAUGUCCUUGAUACUCCCGCUUUCCCACACUCCUAUCUCAAAGCCAGCGAGGUGAAGAAUGACAUUCAUGAAGCCCUUUUGGAAAAGUUCCAACGAGGCCUUGAUGCCGUAGUGCUGGUUUUAAGGGCAGAUGUAGCCUUCAGCGAAGAAGACUUUAAAUGCAUACAACUUGCUGAGGAACUUCUUGAUUUUGAGUGGAGGAAUUACUUCUACAUUAUUUUCACCCAUCAUGAUAGAUUUGAAGAAAACGGACUGAAAUUGGAAGAGCAGCUAAGUAAUGCUCCAAAAGCUUUAAAAUUCCUGUUGGAAUCUGCCAAAAACAGAUAUCAUUUUGUGAACAGUGUUGCUCCCUGGUUACAUGCAGAGGGAAGACCAGUCCUGGAAAAACUGCUUAGCCUCUCUCAACAAAAUAAAUACAAAGCACUCGAGUUUAAACAAUCUGCCCCCUCAUUGCAGCACACAGGGUAGCGAAAGAUGUAGCAUUAUCAAAUCUGCUUAAUCCAAUUCAGGGUACCUGGGGUGCAACAGCCUAUCCCAGUAGCUCUUGUCUCAAGAAAGAAAUCAUCUCUCUGACAGUGGGGCAGUCAAUUGUUUUAUUUUGUUCAUUAAAUAAUUACAUGGUCAGCCGUGCAGCAAGGUUUUCUUUAU